UCUCUCUCUCAGUCUCACUGCUCUCUUUCCUCAGUUCUCUGCUCCUGUGUUGAUUGUCCCUGGUCUCAGGAGUGUGUGUAGAGCACCAUGCCUGCACACAGCACUAACGCUUCUCUGUCUGUGUUCAGUCUGACUGUGCUGCUGCAGUGCUGGAUUUCAGCUUCAGGAGUGUCUGUGAGUGGAGUUUUGGGUUUGGAUGGAGAAACCAAGCAACGUGGGGAGGGGAAGAUCCAGCCUGCAACAGAUCUGCUACAAGUAGCGGUAACCCCCUCACACGGAGAGAUUCAGGUGGGAGAGAGCAAAAGGUUCCUAUGCAAAGUGGUUGGAGGAGCAGAAAACAUUGACUGGAUUGGUCCACAUGGAGGGAGAAUCCAGGAAAACCACGCAAAUGUCAGAGUGCUGAGACAUGACAAGACAUCCUGCUCUCUGCUUAUCCAAAGUGCCAGGGCAGAAGAUUCUGGAGUGUAUAAAUGUGUGGCUGAAAACCCAGAAACUGCAUCACAGGCCAGCAUCAACCUAGAGGUCCUUUUGAAGAGAGUCCGUAGAAGACCGGACAAGGAAGGAAGGGAAAAGAGGCAGAAAGAACCCAAGCCCACCAAAAAACCCAAAGGCCCAAAGCCCACCAAGAAAUCCAAGAGUGAGAAGACUACCAAAAAGCCAAAAGGAGACAAAAAGAAGAAAGGAAAGAAGAAUAAAGAGGACAUAAUCACUACCACUACCACUUUACCACCCACAACCACACCUGUGAUUGAGUAUGAUGAGGAGUUUUUUGACUCAGACCUUGACCAAUACUGGGAUGAAGUGUACACAACAGAAAAAGCCACAACAGAACCUAGUUAUCCACUCACAGAGAAACCAACUGAUGCUCCUACAGACUUCCCCACAGAUGUCUUUACUGAUUUGGAGGAGUAUCCAAACCCUUAUCCUGAUUCAGAAGAUGGUGAUUACUGGAAGGUAGAAGAUCCCACCCCUACAGUUCCAGCUGUCAGUGUCAGUGGUAAAGAAGAUGAGGAUUACUGGGAUGCUACAUAUGAGUUGCCAGAGGAGCCAGAGAAUUUACCCUUCCCAGAUGGUAAAGAGGUCAGCCCCACUGACAGUGACUGGAAUUACAGUGCUACAGAGGAGCCUACAAUCCCGCCUUACGAGAACAAAUGGUACGAGGAGUAUGAGUAUGGACAUGAGAAGAGUCUAGAAGAAGAACAGGCGAGAGAGAGAGAAAGAAAAGAGCAGGAGGAGAGAGAGCGAGAGCAGAGAAGACUGGAGGAAGAAGAGGAGAGAGCAAGAAGAAUUAUAAGACCUCCCCCUCGUGUAUACAAGGAGCCAAAAAUUUGUCCUCCUCUGGGACUGGAGUCUCAUCGUGUGGAUUCUGACCAGCUGUUGACGUCCUCAAUGAGUCAACAUCGCUAUGGCUCUCACAGAGCUCGUCUUAAUAUUCAGGCAUCUGGAAAUGAGGAUGAUAUGAAUGGAGGAGCUUGGUGUGGUAAUCAGGAGGAUAAGGUUCACUGGAUUGAACUGGAUGCUAGGACACUCACCGAAUUUACCGGGGUCAUCACACAAGGCAGAGACGACCCCAUAGAAAAUGACUAUGUGACUUCAUACUAUGUGGCCUUUAGCAAUGACAGUAGAGAAUGGACUGUUCUUCAUGAUGGCUACUCAGAGUGGCUGUUCUUUGGAAACUCUGAUAAAUACACUCCUGCAAUGUCUCAGUUUGUGGAGCCUGUGGUGGCACGCUACAUCCGCAUCCUGCCCCAAAGCUGGAAUGGCACCAUGUGCAUGAGGAUGGAGGUUAUGGGUUGCCCUCUGCCUGAUCCUCUCAGCCAGUACCAGAGUCAGAAUGAGGUGACUGCUAAAGAUGACCUGGACUACAAGCACCACAACUAUCAGGACAUGGAGAAGCUGAUGAAGUCUGUUUCAGAUGAAUGUCCCAACAUCACCAGGCUCUACAGCCUGGGCAAAAGUGCAAAAGGUCUGGAGAUUUAUGCCAUGGAGAUCACAGAUAACCCUGGGAUUCACGAGACAGGAGAGCCAGAAUUCCGCUACACAGCUGGAUAUCACGGCAAUGAGGCUUUAGGCAGGGAGCUCCUGCUUUUGCUCUCACAGUACCUGUGUAAGGAGUACAAGGACGGCAACCCAAGAGUGCGCCGCCUGGUGGACGGAAUACGCAUUCACAUAGUUCCUUCCCUCAACCCUGAUGGCCAUGUGAAAGCUUCUGAAAGGGGUUCGGAGUUGGGCAGCUGGACGUUGGGUCACUGGACAGAAGAUGGUGCUGACAUCUUUCAAAACUUCCCUGACCUCAACAGUGGAUUUUGGGAUGCAGAAGACAAGGGCAUGGUGCCAAAACUGACCCCUAAUCAUCAUGUGCCUAUUCCUGAUGGAUACCUUGCUGAAAAUGGACCUGUGGCUGUGGAGACCCGGGCCCUCAUCUCCUGGAUGGAAAGCCAUCCAUUUGUUUUAGGAGCAAACUUACAAGGGGGUGAGCGGAUGGUCACUUACCCCUUUGACAUGCGGCGUCUUACCAAAGAGUCUGAGGAACUAGAGAAGAAGCUCAGUCCCAGAGCAGAACGGCGCAAGCGCCAAUACGAGGAGGAGGAGGAAGAAGCAGAACCCAACCCUUACCUCCACAUUGGAUACCAUCAGGAGAACUAUGGAUACAAUCAAGAAACCCAUGGUUAUAAUCAAGAGAAUUAUGGCUACCACCAGGAAAGUUAUGGAUACCAUAGAGAGAACCAAGGGUACUAUCAUGAGAACCAAGGGUACCAUCAGGAGAACCAAGGUUACGAUCAGGAGAACCAAGGUUACGAUCAGGAGAGCCAAGGGUACCAUCAGGAGAACCAUGGGUAUUACCAUGAAGGUCAUUCUGAAGGGGAUCACGAAGGGUACCAUGAAGGGUAUCAGGAGGGUUAUCCUGAGGGGCAUAGGGAGGGUACAUAUGGUGAUGCUGAGGCAGAGGAGGAGAUCAGAACGGUUGCAGAUAACUCCUUGUUCCGUUGGCUGGCCAUAUCUUAUGCCUCUACACACCGAUCAAUGACCAACACUUACCGGGGUGGCUGCCAUACUGAGGACCCCACAGGUGGGAUGGGAAUUGUUAACCGAGCCAAGUGGAAGCCAAUUCCCGGUAGUAUGAAUGAUUUCAGCUAUCUGCACACAAAUUGUUUUGAGCUGUCCAUCUUCCUGGGUUGUGACAAGUUCCCCCAUGAGAGUGAGCUCCUGAGGGAGUGGGAACACAACAGAGAGGCUCUGCUCACACUUAUGGAGCAGGUGCAUCGGGGGGUAAAGGGGGUUGUGAAUGAUAAGGAGGGUAAUCCCAUCCAAAAUGCCACUGUCUCUGUCGAGGGAGUCAACCAUGAUGUGACCACAGGUGAGGCUGGGGAUUACUUUCGUCUGUUAAACCCUGGUGAGUACCGUGUGACUGUACGUGCUGAAGGCUAUUCUUCGCAAACUCGGUUGUGUGUGGUUGGAUUUGAACCUGGCGCCACCCUCUGCAACUUUGAGCUCAACAAGUCCAACUGGGACCGCAUCAAGCAGAUCAUGGCUCUUCACGGCAACAAACCAAUCCCACUGAUUACCCCUGGAGGAGGUAAAACCUAUGUGACCCGUGAUGGAAAGGUCAUUAGUAACCGAAUUCCUGGUGCCAACAACGAAGACAUCUCCAGAGCACGUCUCCGGCAACUACGGCUGAGGAAGCUCCGUCGCCUGCGGCAACAGAGGCUGCUGGCAGCCAAGAGGAUUACAACGACGUUGCCACCAACAACUACAACACCAACCACCACGUUACCUCCAACUACAGAGAGCACCACACCAUGGUACGACUCAUUGCUUACAGAGGAAAACCCCGCCCAGCCUGAGCUGGAGAUUACAGACUCAAUCGACUACAACUACAACUACAACUAUAACUACAGCUAAAAAAAUUGACGAUUACUGAAGGGUCAGAAAACUGAAGAAGGUAGAGUAUGCACCAGAACAAGUGUGCCCAAGUACAGUUCCAGAACACAGUGGAAACACAGCCUACAAUCUGCAUGUACACCUCUGCAAACUCAUGAAUACACUUUGGCAGGAGUAUAUAUCUAUCUAUCUCUACUCCUAUCCAGAAGCUCUAUCUCUGUUCAGAGUUCCAAAUAGAAAAAAAAUAGAUGAACAUGUUGGAUCGUCUACUAAAUUAGUGUUCAAAGCCAACUCUGCAUACUGGUAGAUAUCCAGAAAGAUGAUGACUUCUGUAGUAAAUUCAGAAAAGAUGGAGGAAUGGCCAUCAUUUCCAGCUCUGCAGAGAGCACAGUUUUUUCUAGCUCAAGCAAUCCAUCCAAUUUUGAUUGUUAUGGAUAAUGUUUGCCCAUGGGAAUUAAAAGACUGGCUUUGAUCUUGACUCAUCUACACCAGGUGGUUACUGCCAACUGGAAUGUUUGUUGAAAGCAGUGAAAUGUUACAGAUGAUGUGUCCUAGGGAGUCUAUAAGCAGUUCUUUGCUCCUCUGCAUCUGGCACAGCAUACUGGCAAAGCAUUCAACGUUCAUUUACUCAAGUCAACAUAUCAACCUUUUUUGUUCUCUUCUGAUUAUUUAUAACCAACAAGCAUGCAACAAAGCAGCCUGUUCUACACACACUGGACCCAACCUUCAGAGAUUCAAUCCAGUCCACUCAAUCCACCCCCCCCUUCUUCCCACAGAACAAAAAAAAUAACAAUGUUUAUACAAAAGUGACUUUAUUUACAUUUCUUUCAUACAAAUAAGCAAUCCUUUCUUUACUUGUCAAACUCGACAUCAUGUACAGGACCGAUUUGUCUGAAAAGUGUCCUCAUGGUUGAAUGACUAGAGGGAAAAGGGCUGUCAUUUUUCCAUCCAAUAAAGGCUUAUCUAUUUUC